AUGUCAUAUCAACAGACGGAUCACUACUUACAUUCAAAUAAACUAGUUACAUCGAAUUCUUAUGAUUGGUUAAAGUAUCGAGACGAACAGAAUCAAUACAAUGAUAUUCACCCAUUAAGAAUAUCACAGAGAAUCUAUGGUGCCAUCCCAGGGAUACAGUCAUCAAUUUCGAUCGAUAGAGAUACAUCUAGAUAUGAUGAAUACCAAACAUUAGGUACGUCGAGCCCUUUUCAAUGCUAUAAGAUUGAAUUUCCUAUAUUUAAAGUAAAUCCUGAUUAUCCUCCACGAAAUACUCAGUUAUUGAAUGCACCGUUUCAAAAAUUUCAGGCAGUAGUGACUGAUUGUAAGGAAGCAAUUAGUGAGCGGGAUAUAGAGUUAAAAAGAGUCAAAGCAGGUUCUAGUGGUUCAUAUUUUGUAUAUGGAACGGAAAAUCCCAAUGUUCCGAAAGGAAUCUUCAAACCUAAAGAUGAAGAACCAUAUGGUCCAUUAUCACCUAAAUGGACUAAAUGGGCACAUAGGACUUUCUUCCCUUGUCUUUUUGGAAGAAGUUGUCUUAUACCUAAUUUAGGUUACGUCUGUGAAAGCGCUGCGUCUUUAUUAGAUAGAAGAUUAGAAACAAACUUGGUCCCUUUUACUGAUACUGUCUCUUUCCAAUCAGCAAGUUUCUAUGAUCAAAGGUACGAAUGGUUAAAAGCUUUCAAUUUCGGUAUUAGGAAACAGGAAAAAGUCGGAUCUUUUCAAUUAUUUUUAGAGGAUUAUCAAGAUAUCGAGAAAUUCUUAGCUAAAUAUCCACUACCUGGGACGUUCAGAAAUCAACGACGUAGAGGAAGCACCACCAGUACUGCUUCAAAUUUGAGAGCCUCGACAAUACUAUCGAAGAAAUCAGGAAUGGAUAAACACUCCAUACUUUUGACAGAUACAGGAAAUAAAGAUAUUAUAACGAGGAAGGACAAUUCGAUUCCAACAAACCCAUCAUCAUUCAUACCACCUGUAUUUACUUGGAGUGAAGGAAAUUUGUUGAUGUUUAGACAAGAGCUAGAGAAGUUAAUAAUCUUGGAUUAUAUAAUGAGAAACACAGAUAGAGGACUUGACAAUUGGAUGAUUAAAGUUGAGCCACCAGGAAAUGAAAAUCAAGAAAACUGGUCCAUCGAACUAGCAGCGAUAGAUAAUGGUUUAUGUUUCCCUUGGAAACAUCCAGAUGAAUGGAGGUUAUAUCCCUAUGGAUGGUUAUACUUAUCCUUAGACAUUCUGGCACAACCAUUUUCAGAGAACACAAGAAGUCAUUUUAUUCCGUUAUUAACAAGCACGGAAUGGUGGGAAGAUUCUUAUCUGGAAUUCACUGACCUUUUCCAAAGGGACCCUGAUUUCCAGUUUAGAUUAUGGAAAAAACAAUGGGCAGUUUUGAAAGGCCAAGCUUUUAAUGUCGUGAAUACUUUAUCUGACAUAAGGCAGGGACCACUAGAACUUGUGAGGAAAACUAGAUAUUUGGUAGUAGAUGAGGUAAUACAAGCGCCUGCUAGCAGUCUCGAAACAGUUAUGAAUAACGCUGAACUGAACGCACCGACUAGAACAUUAAACGGGCUUACCAAUAUGGAUUCUGAUCCACAAGCGUUUUUAAACGAUGAGACUGAAUAUGACUUGCAUAGAAGUUUGUAUAGAACUGUCAUCGCCGAAAGGUUACAAAUGGUCACCUCAGAUCCAGUCUUUACGUGGUGCUGA